CAUUUCAUUUGAAGAUUCCAACGGUUUUGCGUCUAAUCUUGGCGAAUUUUUACUUGUUACAUGAUAAAAACUGUUUAUUUACACUAUGAACCCGCUAAACUACAUAAGUGACGAAGAAUUCCUGCCUUUCCUCCAAAGUUUGGAAGUAGAAAGCGACAGAAAGUCGUUUGAAUGGAUGUUCAAUGAUCCCGAGCUUUCUGGCAUUUUACAGUGGCUUUAUAACAGUUUGGAUCACUCCAAUGCUUUAACUGCUCGUGAAAAAUACAGAUAUGCAGAAAUCGAGCAGCACCUCUUAUCUCCAGAGGACCUGAAGAGCUACAUAUCCUCACUACAAGAAGAGUUCCCGGGUCUCUGCCUACCCGGAGACCAGGAGUCCCUGCAGGCGGCCAAGAUGGAUGUUCAGAUGCAGAAUGAGAGGCUGAAGAUGUUGGAGAAACAUGAGGUUGUUGUUAAGGAUCUUGUUAAGAAGAAUGAUCUGGCAAAAGAAGAGCUAAGUCGAGAGAUCACCAAGCUAAACUCAGCGCAGCACCAGCUAGCGCAGGAUGAGGCAGCGUCAGCAGAAGAAUGUGUCUCAUUGGCUGGAGAACUUGAGACGCUGACAGAUGGCGUGGUUGAUGUAAUUGCUGACAGUUUGAGUUUGUACAGCAACGCACAUGGGGAUAAAGAAAUCGCAAAAAAGUUUCUCAGCUUUGGUCCUUUUGAGUCUUACAAGCAAGCGCAGACACUAUACGCAUCCCACUUCGACUUGUACGUGUCCCGCAAGUUCAGUAAGAGACAGAAUGAUGCCGUCACUGAUGGGGAUCUGCGGUGCGCUUUGGUUGAAGCUUCUGUUAUGGGAGAGAGAUUAUCCAGCGCAGCGUUGGCGUAUAUAGAUGCUAAGACGGAGUUGGCAGGCGAACAAGCGAAACUGGCUCUAGUUGCCAACUACCAAAACGUACAUCCCAGUAGAAUAGCUCAUUUAUCGCUAGAAGAGCAAGCAGCCUUAGACCUUGAACAAGAAGAGCCUAUCCUGGAUCAGCAGAUACAAGAUGCAGUCAAGGAGUUUGUCGAAGGCCGUACCAGAUUAGCGGCCGAGACCACCGCGAGGUCUGCUCUGACUGUCAGAGAACGAAUCCACUCGGACCUAAGCCACCUCCUCGACGUGUCGCAGCAGGCCUUGUGUCUCGACCGGACACUAUACUACUGUCUGCGCGCGGCUUUGCGCAACGUUCAGGAGUUUUUGCAACUGACUAGUCAGUUGAAAGAGUAUUAUACGUCUGAAAGUGCCGCGGCUGCUGACAGGAUCAAAUCAAUGAACGAGAUAUGCUUCGAGCAGGAAUGCUGCGAGCGCCGUCUCGACUCGUCAGAUCAACUGCUCGACACACUCCGGGUCAUUCUCAACGUCAAGUCCAAUGAUUCGUUACUGCUGAAUAAGAAUUAUUGUGAGCUGAGAGCGGACAUCCUCGCCUUAAGAGACGCUGUGUAUGAGAGCUAUGAGAAUAGGGAACAAAGUUGUAUUAACUUCCAACAAGAUACUCUACCACUUCGCAACUACAUCUGGGACGGCUGCACCAAGCUGCCUAACUGCUGGAACACCUCUGUCGCGGCCAUGACACACAACUUGCAGCAGACGAUGGAGCAGGCCGAGAGGAAAGUGGCCGAGGCCGGCGGGGGGUACUCCUCUGUCAAGAAUGGCGACAAGCAGGGUCUUCGCAAGCUGUGGCAGUACUUCUUGACCGACCAGAACAAGUUGGCGGCGGCGAUGCGAGCCGCGCAAACUAGGACCUUCUGUUAGUACUUCUGUUACUUUUUAGGGU